GUGCACGUGACCCGGUUGCGCCGAGCCCAUAAAAGCCUGCGCCCGGGCCCCCGCCAGGGUCACACCCGUGAAGCCGUGAAGAUGAGGGGACUGCUCGCACUCGCCGCGCUGUUCGUGGCCGCUGCCGCCAAGGAGACGUUCCAGGGUCACCAGGUGCUUCGCAUCACUGCAAAGGAUGAAGCUCAGCUGGCUCUCAUCAAGGAGAUGGAGGAGAUGGUCCACCUCCAGCUGGACUUCUGGAGGGGGGUGACCGAUGUGGCGACUCCUGUGGACGUGAGGGUUCCCUCCCACAACCUGCAGUCCGUCAAGAGGCACCUGGAGAGUCUGGAGCUUGAGUACCUCGUCAUGAUCGAGGACCUGCAGGCGAUGCUGGAUGAGGAGAAGGUGGAGAUGGAGUCCGCCGCCCGCGUCGCUGAGCCCAGGAACACCGACAGCUUCGACUUCGCCAGGUACCACACCAUCAACGAGAUCUACAGCUUCCAGGACAUGCUGGUGGCGGAGAACCCCAACCUGGUCAGCAAGAUCGUGAUCGGUCAGAGCUACGAGGGCCGUCCCCUGAACGUGCUCAAGUUCAGCACCGGCGGAACGAACCGUCCCGCCAUCUGGUUCGACACCGGGAUCCAUUCCAGGGAGUGGGUCACGCAGGCCAGUGGCACCUGGUUCGCCAAAAAGAUCGCGAGCGACUACGGACGCGACCCGGCCCUCACCGCCAUCCUCGACAAAAUGGACAUCUUCGUGGAGAUUGUGACCAACCCCGAUGGCUUCUACUUCACUCACAACUCAAACCGCAUGUGGCGUAAGACGAGGAAGCCCAACCCCGGCUCCAGCUGUGUGGGAGUCGACCCCAACAGGAACUGGGAUGCUGGUUUUGGAGGCGCUGGAGCCAGCGGUAACCCCUGCUCAGAGACCUACCGGGGCCAGAAGGCUCACUCCGAGCCCGAGGUCAAGUCCAUCGUGGACUUUGUGAAGUCCCACGGAAACUUCAAGGCCUUCGUCUCCAUCCACUCCUACUCUCAGAUGCUCCUGUACCCCUACGGCUACACCACGACUCCGGUCAAGGACCAGGCCGAGCUGCACAAUCUGGCUCAGAAGGCCAUCACGGACCUGGCGUCUCUGUACGGUACUCGCUACAGAUUCGGCAGCAUCAUCACCACCAUUUAUCAAGCCAGCGGGGGCACCGUCGACUGGACCUACAACCAGGGCAUCAAGUACUCGUACACCUUCGAGCUGAGGGACACCGGCCGCUACGGCUUCAUCCUGCCGGCCAAUCAGAUCAUCCCCACUGCCCAGGAGACGUGGCUGGCUCUGAUGGCCAUCAUGGACCACACCCUUAAGAACCCGUACUAGUCUGUGUGUGUGUGUGUGUGUGCGUUGGAAGGGCCCGUGGAGAGGAGGUGA